AUAUUAGUUUUAUACAGAAGCAUUAUUUUUUAUCUUUAUAUAUUUUUUUAUGUUUUACAUCUUUUACCAAAGUUACAUCAAAUAAAUCUUGUGAAAGAAGAAUACGAAUAAGAAUAAUAAUGUCUCGUUAUGACAGAGCUGUGACUGUAUUCUCUCCUGACGGUCAACUUCUCCAAGUCCAAUACGCCCAAGAAGCAGUAAAGAGGGGCUUCGCAGCUGUGGGGAUUCGAGGGCCGAAUGUUGUUGUGCUGGCCGGGGAGAAGAGAGCAUUGGCAAAACUGCAGGAAGACAGGAUGGAGAAGAAGAUAUACCCGCUGGACGAGCAUGUGGUGUUGGUGUUUUCUGGGUGGGCCGCUGAUGCCAGAGUUAUGGUUUCAAGGGCACAAAUCGAAUGCCAAUCCUUCCGGCUUAUGGUAGAAGACUUGGUGACCGUCGAGUACAUCGCGCGAUACAUCGCGGGCCUGAAGCAGAAGUAUACUCAGGGCAACGGCCGCCGGCCCUUUGGCAUCUCCUGCAUCAUUGGCGGAUUCGACUGCGACGGGACACCACAUCUGUUCCAGACAAACCCUUCGGGAACGUAUUACGAGUGGCAGGCUUGCGCAGCGGGCAGAUGCGACGGGGCGGUUCUGGAGUUCCUAGAGAAGAACUACAGUCCGCAGGCAGUUGCUACGGAUGCGGGGACUAUCAAGCUAGCCAUCAGAGCACUGCUAGAGGUAGUACAGGGAAGAGAUCACAGAAAAUUAGAAGUGGCUGUGUUGCAGAGAGGCAAACCAAUCAAAAUGCUGGAUCUACAUGCGAUAGGCGCUAUCAUCGCGGAGAUAGGGAAAGAUAAAGAAGAGGAGAAGGAACUUAAGCUUAAGAAAUAAAAGACAGUUAAAACAA